AUUAUCUUUGGAAUGAGACUUUGAAACUUGAAAGUCUCUAAAAAUUGAAUACAAGUCGGGCGGCAGGGGAGGCGUUUCCUUAUCCUGUUGAAGUCUCUAAUGGCAUUUUCCGUUGUCUCCUUCAACCCCAUAUCUUUCUCUUUUGGUUCUUCAAUUUCAUUUUCAAAACCAUAUCUCGGCUCUCUGAAGACCCAUUUCCAUGGUUUAACGCUGGCUACUCCGACCUCCUAUAAGCCACUGGUUGUUUGCUGUUCCUCUUCCGAUAUGGGUUCCACCUCUGACUCCAUGAGUCUAAGGCACCCCCAAAUGUCAUCUAUGUCACCAUUUGGGGUGACAAUGAAUGAAGGUGGCAUGUCAAGAUCAUCGUACAAAUGGCAAAGGGUGUUACUUAAAGUAAGUGGAGAAGCACUUGCUGGGGAUCAGGCACAGAACAUUGACCCGAAGAUUACAAUGUCAAUUGCAAGAGAGGUUGCAGCUGUGACUCGACUUGGCAUUGAGGUUGCAAUUGUGGUUGGUGGUGGAAACAUAUUUCGUGGAUCAUCAUGGGCUGGUUGUAGUGGCCUAGAUCGUUCCUCGGCUGAUUACAUUGGGAUGUUAGCUACUGUCAUGAAUGCUAUAUUUCUUCAAGCAACAAUGGAGAGUAUUGGCAUCCCAACUCGAGUGCAGACUGCAUUCAGAAUGUCAGAAGUUGCAGAACCUUACAUACGACGAAGGGCUGUGAGGCAUCUGGAGAAAGGGAGAGUAGUAAUUUUUGCAGCUGGGACUGGAAAUCCAUUUUUCACCACAGAUACUGCUGCAGCCCUUCGUUGUGCAGAAAUUAAUGCAGAAGUUGUGCUGAAAGCUACAAAUGUUGAUGGAGUCUACGACGAAGAUCCAAGGUGUAAUUCAAACGCCCGUCUUCUUGAAACUCUGACUUACCAGGAAGUGACUUCAAAAGAACUAUCAGUUAUGGACAUGACUGCAAUUACUCUGUGCCAAGAAAAUAAUAUUCCCGUUGUCGUCUUCAACCUAAACAAACCGGGAAACAUCUCAAAAGCCAUUAAGGGAGAGAAGGUUGGCACUUUGAUUGGAGGAAAAAAGAAUUCCCAAAUGGCAAGUACAUGACAUUUUGCCCUAUCCUGUUGUGAAAUUAUAGUGCAGAAGAAUUGAGAGUAGAUUACUACUGAAGCUAAUUAGAGAUGAACUUGGAUUGGGUAUAGUUUGAAGGUUUAUUUUUUCUUGUAAAUAAUCCUUGAGGAACAUAGGAAGACAAGUCUUUUUAUCGUCCAAAUUUUGUCUUUCAUGCUAAUUUUUUUUAUCCUACUUAAUUUGAUUUAUUUAUUAGAUCUUA